CAGCAGUAGUGAGCUGCUCACUGCUACAGUCACAACACUGUGACAUUCAUCAGGGAUUUGCACUUUUUGUCUUUUUUUUUCUCUCAGACUGAAGCAUCCCCUAAAGCAGGUGGUUACUGGGUGAUCUGAGGAGGUUCACUGCUCCACCUUUACCGGCUGUAGGACGUCAUGACAGCCGAAAAGACGAUUCCCAUCAUAAAUGGAAAAGCGGACGAUUCGAUGGACCCCGAAGCGGCGAGCCCGAGCGCAGUGCGCAGCAACGACAAGAAGGUGGUGAAUGAGAGGGGACAGUGGAAUAAUAAGGUUGAGUUUGUGUUGUCAGUGGCUGGAGAGAUUAUCGGCCUUGGCAACGUUUGGAGGUUCCCAUAUCUGUGUUACAAGAACGGCGGAGGUGCUUUCUUUGUGCCUUAUGUCAUCUUCUUCGUCUGCUGUGGAAUCCCUGUCUUCUUCUUGGAAACAGCGCUAGGUCAGUUCACUAGUGAAGGAGGCAUCACAUGUUGGCGAAAAGUCUGCCCGCUCUUUGAAGGCAUCGGCUAUGCGACCCAAGUCAUUGAAGCCCACCUGAAUGUUUAUUAUGUGGUUAUAUUAGCUUGGGCCAUUUUCUACCUGUUCAAUUGCUUUACAACAGAGCUGCCCUGGGCAUCAUGUGGUCACUACUGGAACACGGAAAACUGUGUGGAUUUUAACAAUGAAAGCAUUGCCAACCUCACCAACCCAUACGCCACAUCACCAGUCAUGGAGUUUUGGGAACGCCGUGUUCUCAGCAUAUCCUCUGGAAUUGAAGAAGUUGGCAGCCUUCGCUGGGAACUUGCUAUCUGUCUUGCUAUAGCCUGGGUCAUAUGUUAUUUCUGCAUUUGGAAAGGUCCCAAAUCAACUGGAAAGGUGGUGUACGUCACUGCAACCUUUCCUUACUUCAUGCUGUUGAUCCUUCUUCUUCGAGGAAUCACGCUUCCAGGAGCUGCUAAUGGAAUUAAGUUCUACCUGUAUCCUGACAUCUCUCGUCUGUCAGACCCUCAGGUGUGGGUGGAUGCAGGAACCCAGAUCUUCUUCUCGUAUGCUAUAUGUCUGGGCUGUCUUACGGCUCUCGGCAGCUACAACAGCUACAACAACAACUGCUACAGGGACUGCAUCAUGCUGUGCUGUCUGAACAGUGGCACGAGUUUUGUGGCAGGAUUUGCCAUCUUUUCUGUCUUGGGCUUCAUGGCAUAUGAACAGAAUGUGCCGAUAGAAGCAGUGGCAGAGUCAGGUCCUGGUUUAGCGUUCAUAGCGUAUCCUAAAGCUGUGACCAUGAUGCCGUGGUCUCCGUUGUGGGCCUGUCUGUUCUUCAUGAUGCUCAUCUUCCUCGGUCUUGACAGUCAGUUUGUGUGUGUGGAGAGUCUCGUGACUGCAAUCGUGGACAUGUAUCCCAAAACCUUCCGCGUGGGAUACCGGCGAGAGCUUCUCAUCCUGGGAAUGUCUGUGGCUUCGUUCUUCGUGGGUCUAAUAAUGCUGACAGAGGGUGGCAUGUACGUGUUCCAGCUCUUUGACUCGUAUGCAGCCAGUGGCAUGUGUCUGUUAUUUGUGGCCAUCUUUGAGUCCAUCUGCAUUGGCUGGAUCUAUGGUAGUGACAGGUUUUAUCUGAACAUCGAGGACAUGAUUGGAUACAAGCCCAUCUUCUUCAUCAAGUGGUGCUGGAAGUUCUUCACACCGGGCAUCUGUGCUGGCAUCUUUCUGUUCUUCUUGAUCAAGUACAAGCCGCUCAAGUACAAUAAUGUGUACACGUAUCCAGACUGGGGUUAUGGCAUUGGCUGGAUGAUGGCCAUGGCCUCUAUGGUUUGCAUCCCUCUGGGAAUCUUGUUUCAGAUCUGGAAGACGGAAGGAACUUUCCGUGAGAGGAUCAAAAAGCUGACCACACCCAGCGCUGACCUGAGAAUGAGGGGACGCCUCGGCUCCAGGGGUCCCUGCGCUAUCAAUGAUGCUGAUGCCAAAAUCAGGGCGGACGGCAAGAUCUCCACCAUCACAGAGAAGGAGACGCAUUUCUAAACCCAAGACACGGACAUCACCGGCACAACAGACAGAAAAGUGAAGAAACAAAUAUGCUUGCCUUUAUUUUUAAAGAGAGAUCUAUUAUCACAUUUGUAGUGUUGCUUUUUUGCACAAGCAGGUAACACAUCACAAUUUAACGUCAUGAUUAAAAACUGAGUUUUGUAUCAGAGUGUAUCUAAAUCUAGAUGAAAUGUUGUCGUCUUGCCUCACUCUUCGUCACAUUAGUCACGUCUGUUCUUGUAGAAUGAAGCCAAGGUAAGCCAGUGUGCUUUUUACUUUGGCUCCGUGCAGAUUACCGUAGAGUACUAUUCUAAUGGAUAGAAGAUGUUUAUGACCACUCCAAACGUUGGCUGUAUGUUUGUAGAUGAGGCUCAGUGUUGUCAGAUUCGCUGUCCUUCAGCUAGCAUUGACUCGCGGGGCGAGCAUGACGUAGCAAGCCCAUUCACCACGCCGUCUUACACGGCUUGAAUUCCUGGCCAUUUCACACCAAUUAAACUGAGUUUAAUUGAAGGUGACAGACCAAACGCAGUUUAUCACUUGGAUUUUUCUUCCAGACGCACACAUCAUGAACCUCUCAUUAACGUUCAUAACGAUUCUGUCUUAGUGUGAUUUUUGUGUUGCGAUGUUAAAGGGCAGAAUGAUGGCGAAAGACUUGUAGAUGAAGCUUUUUUGGGUUUGUAUGUGAAGACAACAAUAAAGAGAUGGACACAAAAGUGCACAUUCUAAACAGUUUAUACUUUUCUCUUCAUAGCAAAAUUAAUCCAUUCGAUUCGCUGAAUUCAACGAUUAAUGUAGUUUGCGUUCACAUUCAGAUUACAAAAAUGGCAUGUCAGAGUCAUUAACGAUGUACUGAUGUGCCAUUAUCUAGCACAUACACAAACAUAGGCUACACGGCACAACAUAGAUAAAGUUUGGUCAGCGGUAAAGUAAUAAAUAGAUCGAAAGUGCAAGUGACAAAGAAGCAGUUUUAAGCGACUGUAACCCAGGUAUUGACAUCCAUUAAGUCAUUAGGAAGUUGUGCAAAUGUGUUCUAAUGACCCAUGCAGUUCAACAGCCAUAAGUACUGGAUCUGUAAUGUACUAUCACGGUUAAGAGCACUUUUUGUUCGUGGUAUACUCAGGAUGCGCUGUGAGCUCUGUGCACAUGCAUGCAAUCUUUGGUCUGGUCUGAUCCAUCGUGACAUCAUCAGUUUGUGCAAGUAAACUUGUUUGUUUUAAUAGCCUGUUAACUUUUCAGAUAUAUGUAUAUUUUUACAUUUCUUUAGUUGUUUUGUGUACUAUUUCUUGAUGAAAAAAAAACUGUUUCUCUGAGGACUUUUGAUAUGUCAUUCAACAAUCAAGUUCUAGAUAUAUGGUGGAAUUGUUAUAUGUGCUGUUUACACAGAUUUUGGUAUUCACAGGACAUAUGAAUUGUGUGCUUACUCAUUUUUAAAAAUAAAAGUUAAAAACGAA